AUGGCGCGACGAGUAGGACGAGCAACCCAGACUCCGCGCAAUCCGUCGGGCAAGACCCGUAAACGGUUGAAUUGGACCGAGGAAGCGGAGGACAAAGUGAUCCUCAUGCGCCAUCAGGGCCGCACUUGGCGAGAGAUUGCAUCCGCGUUAGAUAUUCCUCGUUGGCAGAGUGUUCAGAUGCACUAUCUACGGAAUCUCAAGGAGCCCGAUGCUAAAAACAAUGAGACACCACUAACCGAAAAGGCUAUUCAAGCUAUAGAGGAGGAUUGGGGCACCAGGUGGGAGCGCGUAUCGGAGAAAACUGGCAUCUCUGUUCAGGAACUGAAGAGACUGCUGCGAGCCUCAAGCAGUAAUUUUCAAAGUACAUACUUUGGCGUCCCGUGCGAGUGCGGAGGAGUGCCAAUUAAUGAUCCCCAAUACCCAGCACUACCGGCGGCCUCCUCCACAGUCAACGACACUAUGCCCUGCAUCGAUCAUCGCUUGGAAAACAUACCUACCGUAUCCAAUGCGUCCUCACCAUUUUAUUCGUAUGUGAUACUACCUCCUCAAGAUUACGCUCCCCGAGCCUCUCAAAAUUCACCCACAUCUUGGGGCAUGAUUCCAGAGCCCUUUGACGAUAGUACCGGGAGUGCGGCAGCUGCGGCAGCUGCGGCAGCCUCGUGGGGCGAUUCAGUAGGCGCUCAGACGCCAACGUCCGCGCAAGCCCGCCGUAAGUCAAUGAUGCAGGACAUCGAUUGUUAUUUACGCGGCAACUACUGA